AUGGCUUCUGUUACAAAAUCGUCUUCUUCCUAUAAUUUAUCUAUUAGUUCAGACUCGGAAAAUGAAAUUAGAAGUAAUAUAAAACAUGAUCCUGCUAAAAUAGAUUUUACUAAAACCUUUAAUACAGGGCUAGCGUCAAGUUUAUCACGUCAAACUACAAACAACUCAAUACGAUAUUUUAAAAAACUUAAAAGAAAAAAACCAAUAUACGAAUCAGAUUCUAGCUUUUUAUCAUACAAAUUAAACCCAUCGAAGAAUAAAUAUAACUUAUCUGAUUUAAAAAACGUAUCAAAUUACAAGAAAAAAAGACAUGGGCUUAAGAAUAAAAAUAUUGCAUAUCCUAGCUCAAUUGAUUUAAAUAAAGAAUUUGCAUACGCUUUUGAAUCUUCUUCUGAUUCUGAUUUUCCUGAUAUAAAAUAUUUAAGAACUAUAUCAAAAAAUAAAGAGAUUAAUACUUCGUCUGUUAGUAUGGAAUCGAAACAAAAUGAAUCCUAUUCGAAUUUAACAAAUAAGAAACGACCAACAUUGAUUAAUAUUUCUAACAUUGCCGAAAAUAUAAAUAACAAUUUAGAAUCGUCAAUGUCAUCAGAUAUAACAGAUUUUGGUUUUUCUCGUAUGAAAACUAAUUCUGUUAACUUGCAACAGAAAGAUGUUUAUAUUAAUAAUGAAUUAAACUUAGAUCAAAUAUUAUCAGAUUGUAGUCUAUCUGAUGUAUUAUUUGUAAGUAAAGAUAAUAGUGAUUUGAAAAGCCAAUUUUAUCCCACACCAGGUACAGAUAAUUCAGUUAUACAAAUAAAAACACCAUUAAACAUAAGUUUAGACAUUUGUGAUGAGCUAUUAACGCAGCAUCCAUCAAACAAUAUAAAUGUUCCAGAUUUAAUCGAAAACGAGGCUACAGAAGUUGAACAAACUGAAACUAUUGAUGAGAUUGACAUUUUUAAACCAAAACUUAAAUUAAACCAUAAAGAUUCCGAUAGUAAUAAACCAAAAUCAAUUUCUAAACAAAGAUCAAAUUCUCAAUUAUCUAUUGAAAAAAGUGUUAUCUCUGAACCAGUUUGCAAUCAUUGUAAUCGUUCUAAUAAAAUUAAAAAAACCAUUCAUACUAAAAUAAGAAAUACAAAACAAAGUAAAUCAAAACGUUCACAAAAGGACAAACCACUGGGAACUACAUCAGAUAUUUUGCGAAUUAAAAAAUCAUGCGAUAAGAAAAAAACAAAGAACUGUGUGAAAACAAAUGAAACUGUUGAAGAUAUUGGUCUAGAAUAUGAUACAGGUAAAGAUAAUUAUAUGGUGGAAUUGCCAAAUGGAGCUUUAGUUCCAGUAUUUUUAUCAACAUUAAAACCUAAACAUGUAAAAAAACUUUGCGCUUGUGGAAUUACUUUAUCUGAUAUUCCUCUUUAUUGGAGUCAAUCUUUUCACGAUAUUUUACAUCAAAAUAUUUAUAAACUACGUUUUAAUGGUGAUAUAUUAGAUGAUGACAUAGUCAACAUUAAACAAAAUGAUUUAUUCUUUAAGAUUUUAAUAUUAUGUAAAAACUAUUAUAAUAAUGAAAACAUAAAAAAAUCAAUCAAAGAUGUGAAUGAUUAUGUGUGCUUGGAAUAUGGUAUUUCAAAUACAAGUAAUCAAUCAGAUAAAUAUUCUACAUAUUUAGCGGUAUUACCUAAUUUUAAGGUGAUUGGAUAUUUAGAAAUAGAGCCCAUACAAAAAGCGUAUAAACUUAUUAAUGCAGAACAAUAUUCAGAAAAUAUAAUAGAGACCGCAAAGUAUGGUGUAUCAAAGAUAUGGACUUUUAUUAAAUAUAGACAUAAAAACAUCGAUAUUAAUUUAUUGGAAACAUUUUGUAAAAAAAAAAAUCUUCAAAAGAAAGACUUGGCUUUUUCUUUAUAUGGAUGUCAAGGAAUCCAAUUUAUUCAACAAUACACAGGAAAUAAAAAUAUUUUAAUUUAUAGUUAA